UGAAGGUAAAAAUAUAAGAAUGUAAAAGAAUAAGAGGAAUAAAAGAGAGUAAGAAUGAAGUAAAGAGAUAGUGUCCAAUGAUAAAAUAAUAUUUAAUAUUUAAUAGGUACAUUCACAGUCUUCAGCAGGGCCCUUGCCUCAGACUGUCUAUAAAUAAAAAUGCUAUAAAAUAAGUUAAAAGAUUAAUGCAAAAAUAUUUAUACAGUAUUUCUCAUAUAAGAAUGUUCAUGCAAUACUAGGUGCUACCCCUUGGGACAGGUCAGGGAAAAUAGGACAUUCGGCAAUUUAAGCAAUUAAAGUGCUGCAGGUGCUGGAGUUAGUAUAGUCUUUCCACAAUUAAAAUUCACUUGAUAUAGUCAUUGUUUUAUCUACAAAGACAGCUACGUGUCUGGAUUGUAAUAAUAUCAGUUGAAAGUAUUUGGUGGCAGAAUUUUUUAAUCGCUGGAGGCCCCCUUUUUUGAGCCCACUUUACCCUGUCGGCACAGGGCUAGGUGUAAGCGGUCUCAAAGCUGGGGGUUUACUGUUGUAUAAUCGGUUGCUCUGGUUAAUAGCUUCAGAACCUCGCUACCACCGACCUCGCAGGGACUAAUGUGCAGGGUUCUGAGCGCAAUGAUGUUAGACACAAUAACACAGAGAGUUCACAAUUUGUAAUCCUUUGGAACCUCGCUAGAGCUGUUAUGUGGCACUAUGUGCCUCUUACCGGAUUCUUCGCUGUAGCUAGCCAGCGGUUCCUGAUUAAUUUUGGAAUCCGUGCAGAAGAUUCCUAGGUUCAAAGUCCUCCUUUGUGUUCACAAGUAGGGGGGAGGGUAAAAAGUGUUCUAGGGCUAGACGCGUUUCAGGGAGCCUUGGCCCCUUUUUCAAUAGCAGUGAGAACUGAAUGUCUUAGUCCAAAAAUUAUAAACCAAACCCUGGGAAGACCCCUUUAAAUCUAGGGGUAGAUAGAAAACAGAAACAAAGGUACCGAACACAGGGAGCUACAGAUGGGAAGAACAGAGGCAUCAAUUCCCAGCUCAAUUCAAAACUGACUUGUAAAUAAAUUGCGGCCGCAGACCAGACAGCAAAAAUGUAUUCAAUUAGUUCAGAUCAGAACCAUACAUAAAUCAUACCUUGGGCCAGACACUGAAAUACAGACACCUAAAUUCCUCAGAACCAGCCUCUCCCUAAAAAAAUAGAAAACGCCAGACUAGACUCUUAUAUACUUGUCCACUUAAUCCUCUCCAUUUUUAUGCAUCACCACACAUGAUGUACCUUGCACAGCACAGCUUGUCACACAAUGUGCUGACAUGUCCAGAGCUGCACAAACAAUGGCCCAGAUUUAUCAAUCUGUCUGAGGCAAAAACUGUCUGGUUUUGCACAUAGCAACCAAUCACAGCUAAGCUAUUAUUUUACGACAUUUCAUUAAGAUAUAAAAGCUGACCUGUGAUUGGUUGUUAUGGGCAAAUUACUCCAGUUUUUUGUCUUGGACAGAUUUAUAAAUCUGGGCCAGUGUCCUGAUUCAAUGACCUGUGCCAAGCUCCACGAAGACUGAGCAUCAUGGAUGAUGGCCUAGGUUCCCUCAAGAGUUGCUGCCACAUUGUCAAGGUUUGACCCAUGGUAGGCCAAAGACAGACCCACAAGAGCGACUCAUAGGGAAUCUGCUUCCCAUCCAUACUCUAGAAUGUCUCAAAAUCCAGAUCUGCAAAUUUAAGCACAAUAUAGCAUAUUUCAUCUGUGCUGUAAAUUAUUUCAAUGUUCCUCUUGUAAACACUAGCAUAAUACAAGGUCACAUUUGGACUAGAAUACUAGUUUAUCUAAUGCUAUAUGAUUUUAAUAAUAUUAUUAAUAGAUUAUUGCCACCAACUUCCAUUACUGUGCAUGAAAAAUGUACAAUAUAUAUAUAUGUUCCCUGCUAUAUAAACAUUUAUAUAACAGUCACAAAGCUGCAUUGCAUAAAAAAUUUGCUGUAGACAUCAGGAAUGAAGGGAAAAGCAGAAAUCUAGUCAAAUGGUAAUGGAAUAGCCUAUCUGAUCCUGUCUCUGGGAGGGAGAGAGAACACAUAUUGUUGCAUAGAGCAGUGAAGCUUGUAAUGCUUUACCACAGAAAGAGACCCCGCCUCCUUUCUGUAGCCUGCAGUAAAUGGAAUCGCUAUGUAUCUUUUCUUCUCUCUUCAUAUGGCUGAAACGAAUACCUAUUUACAACCCAUCCUUCGUCCAUGAGAAACUGAACUGAGAUUGCAGAUGAGAACAUUCCAGCUAUCUUGCAGCAUUAGGGACAGGUUUCCAGGCGAAUGACAGUCUCACUUCACUCAUCCUCAUUUGAACGUUUGCCGGCUUGCAGAGACAUGCAAUACUUGACUUCUCGGAACCAGCAGCAGUUACCUCAGUAGCUGGUGACAACACGUAAAAGCAAAGCCUCCAAUCAAAAUCACAAACGCUUAUGCAACAUAUCAUUGAUAACCAUCCAGACAUGGCUACUGCUUUGCUAGCUGGAGAGAAACUGAAAGAAUUGAUACUGCCGGGGCCGCAGGAUGAUAAGGCUGGAUCUUUGGCAAGUCUCUUGGUCCAGCUGAAACUAGAACUGCCCUUUGACCGCGUGGUUACUAUUGGCACAGUUCUUAUCCCCAUACUUCUGGUAACCUUAGUCUUCACGAAAAACUUUGCUGAGGAACCUAUAUAUUGCUACACACCUCACAACUUCACCCGGGACCAAGCAUUGUAUGCCAGAGGAUAUUGCUGGACAGAACUUAAAGAUGCACUUCCAGGUGUGAAUGCUAGCCAAUGGCCUUCAUUGUUUGAACACAAGUUCCUGCCAUAUGCUCUACUGGCCUUUGCUGGAAUCAUGUAUAUACCCGCCCUAGGAUGGGAGUUCCUUGCCUCAACAAGGUUGACUUCAGAAUUGAACUUUCUACUUCAAGAAAUUGACAACUGCUACCACCGAGCCGCAGAGGGAAGAGCACCCAAAAUUGAAAAGCAAAUUCAAUCAAAGGGUCCAGGUAUUACAGAGAGAGAGAAGCGUGAGAUUAUAGAAAAUGCAGAGAAGGAAAAAAGCCCUGAACAAAACCUUUUUGAAAAAUAUCUAGAAAGACGAGGUCGUAGUUAUUUUUUAGCUAAACUAUAUUUAGCAAGACAUUUGUUCAUUAUAUUUUUAAGUAUCAUACCGAUUACUUACUUAAGUACUUAUUAUGCUACGCAGAAGCAGAAUGAGUUCACAUGUGCAAUAGGAGAGCCCCAUCUAAAAACUACUAGCUCAAAAUUGCUUAUAUGGGUAAAUUGCAAGUUGCCAUCUGUUCAGCUCCAAAGAAUUAUUGCUGCAGUAGAUAUUUUUCUUCUUAGUUUCAUAAACUUAAUAAUCCUCAUUAAUUUAAUACACCUCUUCAUAGUAAGAAAGUCCAAUUUUAUUUUUGACAAAUUAAAUAAGGUUGGCAUAAAGACUAAGAAGCAAUGGCAAAAAUCCCAAUUUUGUGACAUAAAUAUUCUAGCCUUGUUUUGUAAUGAAAACCGUGACCAUAUCAAAUCUUUAAAUCGCCUUGAUUUCAUAACCAAUGAAAGCGACCUUAUGUAUGACAAUGUGGUUCGCCAACUACUGGCAGCAUUAGCACAGUCUAACUAUGAUGCCACACCUACAAUGCGAGAUUCUGGGAUGCAAACUGUGGACCCAAGUCUAGACCCAGCAGAUAUUGAUGUCAAUGAACAGCUUGUUGUAAAGCGACCUAGAAAGAAAAUGAAGUGGAUCCCAAGUAGCAACCCAUUACCCCAACCCUUUAAGGAACAGUUAGCCAUAAUGAAGGUUGAAAAUAGUAAGCCAGAAAAGCCAAAGCCAGUAAGGAGGAAAACUGCUUCAGACACUUUAAUGGCUCCACUUUUGGAAGCUUCUUCCAAAUCAUCACCCCAGUCUUUAUGUCAAAAGAUUGAUGCCAGCACCAUGUCAAGCAUGAUCAGUGAAAAAAAACAUUCUCGGCACUUCUCUUUAGAUGUUCAACCGUAUGUUCUUAGCAAUAAAAAGGCCAAACCAGAGACACAGGACACUGCUCCUAUUGCAACAUCUGAAAGCCAAGAGAAUGGUUUCUUAAGCCAAAAAGAAGGUGUGAUGUCAGCCUCUGUCAAAGAUGUGUCAAAAGCUACUAACAUUAUUGAGAAAGAAAACCAGCCAUUAUCUGAAAGCUGUAUAGAUAUUUCAGUCUCUGGAACAUUUCUCACUUGUAGCAAUCGCAUAGCGAGCACUGCAGUUUCAACGUCAAGUGUUACCCUCAGUCAGGUGAAACCAGAGCCAAUGAGUGUAUUUAACCGCAAUCCAACUCAUCCUUUGCUUCACAUAAGCACUUUAUAUGAGGACAGAGAGGAGCAUGUUACUACUCUAAUAGAUAGGGGCAACUCCUCUCCCGAUUCAGCAGAUAUCAUUUCAGUUAUACCACCAAAGCAAGUCAUGUUAACUCCUUAUGAAGAACCUAGGGCUAUUAUAAGUUCAGUGGACUAUUAGAUUUAAUAGACUGUAUUACACCACCAUGCAACCUCACUGCAUGAGCAUGGAAUAUAAAAAUGAGCUACCUUUUAAAUAUGCAACCGGCAAGUUUCAUACACGGCUUAGUCACCACUGUUGGGGAUCUAAAGAUUCUUCCAUGUAGUCAGCAGUGUAAAGCACACGUUAUAUUGACUCUACCAGAUAAUGCAGCAUGAUACUCAGGCAGUAUACAAACAGUUGGCUAACUUUAAAUUGGCCAGAAUAUCCACCCAUAAUUAAAGAACAUAUAAUAGUGCUGUGGGUUAUGUUUGGUUUAAAAACACAAGCUAUAAAUAGAGGAAUUUUUAUUGUAAUUCAAAAAUGUUAUUUAUUGGAGGGCCUUUGAAAUACAAUAAGAAUUGCUAUUAGUUUGAGGUGCCGAAUUCUUGCCGUAAUUUCAGCAUCUUUUAAUUUUUAUUUUUUAUGAGAAAUUAAAGGGGUACUCUGCUGGAAAACAUUGAAUUUUUUCUUUUUUUUAAAUCAACUGGUGCCAGAAAGUUAAACCG